CAGUUGCAGCAGGUUUCCAAGUAACGGUUGGUUAACUCUUUGAUAAAAGUUGUACAUCGACUUGCGCGGGUUUUGUUUUCAGUAUCGGUUAUCGUAUGAACCUUGUAGGUUGAAGUUGGAGUUCGCGUUGUUUUUUUUCUAAUUUUUUUUUUGUUUCGUGUCGCGAUUUCACGACAACUUCCGAUUUCGAGGUUCGUGCUGAUUCGUACGUUUCGGUUUUUGAAUUUUCGAAACAAACCCGCGAAUAUCGUGAUUCGCGAGUGUAUUAUUGAAAAGUGCUAUUCUCAGUUUCAGUGUGUUUGUGAAUAUUGUUCUUCUCAAGUGACGUAAAGGAUACAAAGGAUUUGAAUCAGAGCUCACAAAUUUCCAUUGGAAUGUAGACAAACGCAGUUCAAAGGUCCAUUCACAGCUUUAAUUUUCACACACGCCAACAGGAGUCAUGGCAGGCAGAAUACUACGAAACUCAUGUGCGAUCAUUCCUUGUAUGUAUUUAAUUUUCUCACUCAAGUUCCUACUAGUCAACAGUCACGGUCGUCUGAUAGAACCUCCUUCUAGAGCAUCGAUGUGGAGAUACGGAUUCAAUACACCUCCGAAUUUCAACGAUCACGAAUUGUUUUGCGGAGGUCUCACUAGGCAGUGGCAAGUGAAUGGUGGUAAAUGUGGAGUAUGUGGUGAUGCAUGGGAUGCUCCUCAGCCUCGUCCACACGAAGCUGGUGGUAAAUAUGGUCAAGGAGUGAUCGUUCGGAAGUAUAAGACCGGAGCUGUGUUCACAAUUCGAGUAGAACUCACUGCCAAUCACAAAGGGUUCUUCGAAUUCAGAUUAUGUCCGAAUAAUGCCCCUAAAAGAGUGGUAACGCAGCAGUGUCUCGAUAAAUAUGUACUCAGGAGAUCCAAAAUGCUGAUUAAAGAUGAAGAAAAUUUCCACGAAACUAAAUUUUACCCAGGCACCGAGAACAAAGUAUACGAAAUGAAAUACAUGUUACCUCCCGGUCUAACCUGCAGCCAAUGCGUUCUGCAAUGGCGUUACAUCGCCGGUAACAACUGGGGAAUGUGUCCAAAUGGUACAGGAGCCAUAGGCUGCGGUCAACAAGAAGAAUUCCGCGCCUGUGCCGACGUAUCAAUACACGACUCUUCAGGGAGUACUGACGACAGGCCCUACCAAGACGAAACCACCAAAAAAACAAAAGAAGAAAAAGAAAAAGCCACAGAAGAAUCGUCCACACCAAACGUCAACGACAACGAAAUACCCGACGAAAAACUCGACGAACUUUCCAAAGAAAGAACGAAAACGAAAGCGGAAGCCGGAGAGUACUCUGUUUACUUGGCUUCAAUCGUUGUUUUCUCUCUAUUAGUCAUAUUGAUGUUAUUCGCCUUGCUUUACUUUUAUUAUUAUCAUGCCAACGAAACCGUGCAAAAAUGGUUCUCCAAGGGUGGAUCCGGUUUGCACGGGGCUAAUUGUUGGAACACCAUUAAAACCAAUAUUCGUUCGUGUAGUAAACACGAUAAACAAAAACCAGAUCAAAAAACGUGCUGCGAUGAAGCUCAAAAAGAUCCAAUACCACCGCCUAGAACUAAGAAAUUGUCUACAGGUUAUAACGGUGUACCUGAAAAUUUGGUUUAAAUGUUUUUUUUUUUUUAAUUUCUUGGUCACUGUUUCUUUAGGUGUUUUUUUUCUAUGUUUUUUUUUUUCUUUGUUGUAAACAUCUUGUAAAUAUUUUAAUUUAAAAAAUUUUUACGCGAGUAUGCUUUAUCAAACCAAAACCUAUAAGUAUUAUGAUUUGUAUUUUUUCUCUUCUUACUAAGUAGGUAAUUUUAUUUCUCUUUUUUGUGAUAUUUAUUUAUGGAUUUCUCCUGUAUCUUUUUCUUUACUUUUUUCCCCUUUUGUAUUUCGUAUUUUAUAUAGUAGUUGAAUAUAUUAUUUUCGUUGCAGAAA